GGUUAGCAUAGCCUCAUUAGUCCUUGCUAUUCAAUGUCUUGAUUACACCAUUCUGUAGGCAAAAAAUAUCUCUCUCCAUAAAUGUUUCACCAGUGAUGCGUUUGUUGAACUAAAGACAGCCACAACAGAACAUCUGUUAACAACCAGUGAAAAUCUGCAUCAUAUCAUAGAUAGUGGAAGUUCGUCAUUAGAUGUUUUCCUUCAAAUUACUUAUUUUAAACAUUCACAAGCAUUGACACACAUACUCACGAACAACAUGUGCUUCAUGUCUUCAGUAAGAAGGUCCUCCUACAGGAUGUGGGAUCUAGGUGUGAUAAGGUUCUUAGAAGUGACCUUUGCUAAAUUCUACUGAAAUAUCACACUGUUACAUCAUUUAAAAGUCAUGGACAACAAGAUUAAUCUUAAUCCAAAGACUAUACGGCAUUUUUAUGUUUCACAAAGAAAUAUGCUUUUGAAUGUCAACAUUUUGCUUUCAUGGUUAAUUUUUUGUGAGCUUCAUAUCAGCAGGAGCCAAGAAGAAAACAAAAAGCCCAGAUGCAAUCUUCACACCUACAGUCAUCACAUGCACAUGCUGCUUGUCCAGCAGAAUCGACAGUUUCGACAUCAAACCACAUUGUUUUCCAGAUUGGACGUCAAAUAACAAGAUUUAUUUUCACACCCAACUGAGGUCAAGCAUUGCUUGCAUUCAAUCGCAGUCACAGCAAAAGCACAUUUGGACUUCCCUUUUGGAGUUCCCCACUUGUUCUUCACAUGAGCUUCAUUAUCGCAUUAAAUGAGUUAAACUGCAGAUUUUGUUGUAAAAAAAAUCUACUUUUUCAGAAUAAAUAAACUAAAUGAACGUGGAUGAGUUUAAGAGAACUCUCAUUGUUAUCAUGGAAGUCAGCAUUCUUCCUUUAUAGGCUCAUAAGCAUCAAUAUUGUUUGAGCAGAAGGUGCAUUGUUUAGCUGGACUGAGGUUUGUGUGAAUGCACUUAAGCCACCUCUAAACCACAUAAAACAGUCUGAAGAACCGUACAUGUACCCAUCAUUGGUGUCUGUGCUUUGACAAGUAAAAGUAGCUUCUUUGAAUUAUCCAUGACUUGUAAAUGAAAUCAUUUCAGAGAGGUUUUUUAUCAAUAAGAAAGCUCUCGUGUCAGUUAUUUUGCAUUUUCAGGUUAGCUGUGGUAUCUGUGGAGGGAGGAGAGAGAGGUGCAGCGGAGGAGUACUUGUGUUCAUUGUCUGCAAACCACAGGAUUUCAGGGUUUUAAUCUUGAGCACCUUGAGUGAUUUUAUUUCAGAGCGCUGAACUGUUGAGGAAAAUGUUCGACAGAUUAGUUUUGUUCUGUUUGUGCUGUUGCUGUCUGGUUGGUGUGUUUGCUGAUUCAAAUGCGGUGAAGUCAGUGUCAGUGACGGAGGGAGAUUCAGUCACUCUAAACCCUGAUCUUAGCGAUAAACCACCUGACAAUCUGAUCAUGUGGAACUUUAAAACUAACGGGCCUCUUAUUGCGAAAAUCAAUCAAGCAACCAACGAUAUCUCGAUAAUAGAUGAUGUUCCUGAUGGGAGAUUCAGAGACAGACUGAAGCUGGAUCAUCAGACUGGAUCUCUGAUCAUCAUGAACAUCACACCUGAACAUGCUGGAGUUUAUCAAGUAACCAUCAGCAGCAAGACAAAGACUGUUUAUAGAUUUAAUGUUACUGUCUAUGCUCGUCUGCCCGUUCCUGUCAUUAUAAGUGACUCCCCACAAAAUUCUUCAUCAUAUUGUUCAUUGUUGUGUUCAGUGGUGAAUGUGGGUCAUGUGACUCUCUCCUGGUACAAAGGAAACAGUUUAUUGUCCAGCAUCAGUGUGUCUGAUUUUAGCAACAGUUUGUCUUUACGUCUGGAGUGUCUGGAUGAUUCCUACAGCUGUGUGGUGAGCAAUCCCAUCAACAACCGGACUGAAUAUGUCAACAGCACUGAUCUCUGUCGGCCAUGUUCAGAUUGUGCCUUCUGUUGUCAUGCUUCUGAAGCUCUCGCCCGAUUGGCUGUCUCCGUUCUGGUGGGCGUGGCUACUGUUGCUAUUGUAGUUUAUGACAUCAUCACAUCCAGGAAAGGUGUAAAUGAGAGACGUCGUGACUUGCUAAUACAAUAUAAGACGACUGUUUGUGAUAAUUCAAAUUGUAAAGCCAUAUAAUUAGCUUUUUUUGUUCUUGUUUUUAUAUAUUCCUUUGGCUAGUGUGUCAUGUAUGUGUACAUGUGUAUGCAUUGUGUGCCUUCAGGGCAUCCGUAGUUAUCAUGGAGAUGCGAGCACGAAGUUUUGAUGUCCUUUAUUCAACAACAUAAAACAUUACAUAGGGUAUAUUUUAUAUUCAUUUUGUUUACUGUGCUAUAUUUGUUUACUGUGUUUUUUAUUUAUUCAUUGCAAUUUGUGUUUAUGUGU